AAGGCCAAAAGAGGGGUACGUGGGAAAGAUGGAAAGAGCGAUGUGGUCGAUUCUGGUAAAUUCUGUAUUGAUUAGCCUCGUUUGAUGGCCAUAAGGCCUCUGCAAUUCAUCAUCUCCAAUCCCAAUCGGCUCUUCUCUUCUUUCUCCUCCCUCUUCCCCUCUUCUCUUCUCUCUCCCCCAUCCUCACCACCACCUCCACCUCCCUCUAUCCUCCUUCGUUCUCUCUCUUCUCGUUCUCCUCUGUCCCUUCCUCAACCACCCCACCGUCGAAAACAGAAACAAAAACAACCUCCGUCGCCGUCGCCGCCACCGCCACCGCCACCACCACCACCACCGUCGCACCGCCUUAGGCCGUAUUUUUUGCUGUCGGAAACCCUGGCGCAGAAGAUCGGGAAAUCCAUCCGCCGCCCCGGCGCCCCCUCCAAGGCUAGGGUUUACACCGACGUCAAUGUGAUCCGUCCCAAGGAGUACUGGGAUUACGAAGCCCUCACCGUUCAAUGGGGGGAACAGGACGAUUAUGAGGUUGUAAGGAAGGUUGGGAGAGGGAAAUACAGUGAGGUUUUCGAGGGCAUUCACUGCACCAAUAACGAGAAAUGUAUUAUCAAGAUCCUUAAACCUGUUAAGAAGAAGAAGAUCAAGAGGGAAAUUAAAAUUCUGCAGAACAUUUGUGGCGGGCCAAACAUUAUAAAAUUGCUUGAUAUUGUUAGAGAUCAGCAAUCAAAGACCCCAAGUCUAAUAUUUGAAUAUGUCAAUAAUACAGAUUUCAAAGUGCUAUAUCCCACACUUUCUGACUUUGAUAUUCGAUAUUACAUCUAUGAGCUUCUAAAGGCAUUAGACUACUGCCACUCUCAAGGUAUUAUGCAUCGAGAUGUGAAGCCCCAUAAUGUGAUGAUUGAUCACGAGCAGCGUAAGCUUCGUCUUAUAGAUUGGGGCCUUGCAGAGUUCUACCAUCCUGGGCAAGAGUACAAUGUUCGUGUUGCUUCAAGAUACUUUAAAGGUCCUGAGCUUCUUGUUGAUUUGCAAGACUACGACUAUUCUUUAGACUUGUGGAGCCUAGGUUGUAUGUUUGCUGGAAUGAUAUUCCGCAAGGAACCAUUUUUCUACGGGCAUGAUAAUUAUGAUCAACUGGUCAAAAUUGCUAAGGUACUUGGGACAGAUGAAUUAAAUGCUUAUCUCAACAAGUACCGCUUAGAGUUAGAUCCACAUCUUGCUGCCCUUGUAGGGAGGCAUAGCAGGAAACCAUGGACUAAAUUCAUUAAUGCUGAAAAUCAACGUCUGGCUGUUCCAGAGGCAAUUGACUUCCUCGACAAGCUGCUGCGAUAUGAUCACCAUGAAAGGCCAACUGCGAAAGAAGCAAUGGCUCAUCCUUACUUUUACCCAGUAAGAAAUGCUGAAAGCAGCAAAACGCGUGCCUAGUGGAUUGAGCCCGCCGAAAAAUGGUGAGUUUGGUCAGGUCUCGCCUUCUUCUGCAAUUUGGCUUUACUUCUUCAUUGAGUUAGUUAACCUUUGAAUUGUUUAGAAUGUGUUUUCCCUUUGUCAUUGAAAUUUAAGUUUGUAUUUCUGGUCAUAUUUCUAGUGGACUUGUAUCAGUCUAAAUAUUCUGUCUGAAUUUUGCGUGUUGCCAUGAAUAAGAAUCAUUUUAUCAAGUUUGACGAUUUAAAGAGAGAUUGUAUCUGUUUGAUAUUUUCUUCAUUC